AACAAAAGAGCGAGCGAGCGUUGGUAGAGAGUUGAGGGUUAACGAAGGAAGGAGUCGACUUCAGAACCCAAACCCAAUCCAAAAAAGUGAGAGAGAGUGGUGAAACUGAAAGCCAUGAAUUCGAAGAAACGAGAAGACGAAGAGGAGCAGGAGCAGGAUCUGUUCCUCCCUCCGCCGCCUCCCGAUCUGACGGAGCCCUUCUCGCUCUCGCCGUCGGAAAGCUCUCCGCCGCCGUUCAUAUCGCCGGACCCCCACAUCUCGUCGCAGUUCUACACGUUCACGCCGGCAUCCCACUCCCUGAUGGUGCGGUCCCUGCUGCUGCGGCGGCUGCCAUCCCCGGCGGACAUCCGCGCGGCGACCCCGCGGGCGGUGCUGGCCUCGUGGCGGUCGGUGUGGAAGGACAGGAACGAGGACACGGCGUACCUGACGGCGUGGAAGCGCAUCCAGGACAAGCUGUCGACGACGAGCCACCCCUCCCACCCGAACUCCCACUUCCUCUGCUUCAAGAACAACCCUCACCACUUCGUCCCCCACCUCCACCAGUGGCACCACAUCGUCCUCUCCUCCCACGCCGACUCCGACCUCACCCACCUCAACCUCAAAGACACCAUCGACAAAAUCAAACAGCACUGGACCGUCGGCGCCAAGUUCUACGGCAUCCCCGAGAGCUACAUUCGCGUCUGCGUCGCCGCCUGCCCCGUCUGCAACUCCUCCCCCUCCCCCGCCGCCUCCCGCGCCGCCGCCGCCAAGCGCCGCCGCUUCGAGUACACCGAGAGCUUCGACGUCCCCGCCCGCGACGUCCCCUCCAAGCUCCAGCAGCUCGCCGCCAAGCACAAGGUGGUGCUCUGCAUUCGCCAGAAGUACAUCAGGUACAAACCCUUCAUGGCCGAGGUUAAGGAUUACGCUUGCCAUCGUGCUGGCGAGCCCGCUGCUAAGAAAUCUAGGGUUUUGAAGCGGGAGCCUUAUGCCUCUAAGCGCUGUGGCUGUGGCUUUAGGAUUAGGGCUAUUGUGCCCAUUGCCAAUUACAAUGAGAAGGAUAAGAGUUUUGUGUACCAGGACGAGGGGGUCGCCGUUUUUAAGCUUUAUGCUGUGCAUUCCGGGCAUGAGCCCGGUCCCUUGGAUGGGAAUGCUAGGAUUAUGCAUAGGGUUGUGGGGCAUAAGGGGGGUGGCUUUUUGAUGGAUCAGGAGGCUGUCUAUGGGGUGAGUGAGGAGAUCGAGAUGGAGGGGGAGGGCGGUUUUGGGGGUUUGUUGGGGAAGGAGGAUGGUGUUGGUGGGGAUUUGCAGUUUUCGGUGUUGCAGCAGGUUCAGGAGUUGAGGGCUGAGGUGGGGGUGUUGGAGGGGAAGGUUGCCAAGAUGCCCAGGGAGUUGUUGGGGGCGGUGUCGCGGGAGUUGUUUGAGGUUUUGAGUAAGGUGAGGAGUAUUGGGGAUGCGGCGGGGUUGAAGCCGGAGGAGGGGAUUGGUGGGUUGAUUGGCCAGGAUAAGGCCGCUCACGUGGUGGAGGAGGAUGAUGUGUUGGUUGGGGAUAAUGAUCUGGCUAAUUGGAGUAACCAUCACGAGAGGAUUUAUGGGGACGGCAAGGAUACGGAGCUGAUUGAGGAUGAUGAGGAUAGUUUUGGCCGGACGUUGGGGGAGGUUGUUUCAUGGGGGGAUCAGAUGAGGACGGAGUGCAGGGUUCAAAAGGAUCAGGAUCUCAUGAGCGACAGUUGUAAGCCGGAGAAGUGGUUGAAGUGCGGCGACUUUGAUGAGAAGAGCAUCCUUGAUUGUGAUGAGGAGGAUAGUAAACUAAGCAAGCCCAUCAGAAUGAUCAGGCACGAUGACGACGGGAUAGUUUCGGAUGUGGUAGGUCUUGGCUGUAUGCAGGUGGAUAGUUUCUACCAGGACAAUCCUAAAUGGGGUGAGACAACCCAAUAUAUCAUCAGUAGCUCAGCCCCAUUGUUUAUUUCAUCUUGGCACAUGUUUUGGCAAUCUCUUCCCUGCCAAGUUGAAGAAUGAAGUUUUUCCUUGUCAUAACAAAUGCCUUCAGUUCCCAUUGGCUCUGAAGGCUACUGAUAUGGAGAAAGAUGCUAGAUGCUGCAAGGACCAAUAUCAUGGUUUAGCCGUAAAUUAGUGUUCAGAAUUUUCUUGUCUUCUGUUCUUCCGUGUAUGUUUUAUUACUGAAGACUGUGAAGGCAUGAAGAAAUGGAUCCUAAUUGUAUGACGGUCUUUCUCUUAUUAGUCUCAUGUGCAAAUGAUCCAAUGUGAUAUUGAUAUUUCUUGAGAGUUAUUUACUAACAUCUUAAAUAACCAUUCUUACAUUGUCAACAUGUGUUAUAAUGGUGUUGUUGGAAAGCUGCCUUAAUUGCGGCCUAUCAGAGUUGGUUGCCAAUGACUCAAAAAGGGCUACCUACAAAGGGUCUGAUUAAAAAGGUUCAGUGAAGCUUUGUGCAGUUGCCGGGACAUCAGUUCUUAGGGGGUUGAGGUCUUAUAUUGUGACUAGAGAUAAGGCCUGGGUAGUGCUUAUAAGGCUGGGGCAAUUCUGAUCCUACAAACUGGUUUUGAUGGUUCAGUUAGGCCUUAAGUCCAAAUUUUAAGAGGUGCAGAAAAUUCUAUAUGUUCGUGAUGGUACAAAUAAUAUCAUCAGAUACACUAUUGGAUACAAUGCUAGUGUUGAAAAAAUAAUACACAUGAUAUGCAGUUCUAGAAAGGAGUCUCCUAGUCAUUUUGACAUAGUUUCUCUUUCUUAGUGAUCGACUUAUUCUGAAUAUCAUUGAAUUUCAGUUGUUAAAAACUGUUGGUGAUAUUUAUAAACUUGGUCUUCUGCAUUUUGUGGGCUCAGUGUUAAAUAACCAUUCAUAUGUUAUCUACAUGUGUUAUAAUAGUGCUGUUGGAAAGCUGUCUUAAUUUCAGCCACAUUGGCCUAUCAGAGUUGGUUGCCAAUGUCGCGAAAAGGAUUACCUUUGAAUGGGCUGACUAGGUUGAGUGAAGCAUCAGAAUGUAUAGUUGUCGGCAUGCCAGCUCUAGGAGGUUAAGAUCUCGUGUUGAUUAGAGAUAAGGCCCAAGUAUCGCCUUAUAUAAAGCUUGAAAAAUUCUCACUGUACAAGUCAAUUUUAACUGUUAAGUCAGGCUUUCAAUCCAAAUUGUAAGAGGUGCAAAUAUGUUCAUACUGUGCAAUAUCUUAGAUGCAUUGUUGGAUAUGAAUAUAUGAUACAAUGCUAGUGUGUUGAAAAACAACACACAUGAUAUGCAGUUCUAGAAAGGAGUCUCCUAGUCAUUUUGAAAGUAUCUUUCAUAUUGAUUGACUUAUACCGAAUAUAAUUGAAUUUCAGUUGAACUUGAACUAUAGGUGAUAUUUAUGAAUUUGGAACUCGUGCAUCGGUGAAGUUCCAAAAAAACGAGACUCUGGUUUGGUAGAUAAUUUUUGGUGGUUAGUUAUGUUUGGUAUUCAAUCAGUGUCACUAUUUAAGGGUUGUUGGGUGAUAAGUGAUGCUUUGUGGGAAAACAUCUAAAGCAGUGGCUUAGAAAUAAGUUGUUACCGGGAGAUUGCAUCAAGCUACGUUUUUUUAAUAUUUAUACACUAAUUCUAUAAAAGGUUUGGAUGAAUUGAGUUCAAUUAGCGGGCAUGAUCGGAAAGUUGCGUGGAACUUUGGGUACUGUUUUGGUAUCAUUCGUGGAAUAUUUCAGCACUGGGUGGGUGGAGUGGAUUGUUCUAUAAGAUAUUUGAUUCUUUUAGUUUCUUGUUUUAUUGUUAUUUGUGUGGCUUGUGGUUGACGUGUCUUCAUGUUUCGCAACAAGUACCGAUAGGAUGCCUAUUAUUGGUUCAAUAUUCAUUUACUAUCUGUAAUCAUAUGUCGUUUACUGAAAUGCUUUUGAAAAAUAUGCGUUUUUAAGCUGAUUCGAAUGAUCAUCGAAGAACUUGAUGCUCUUGCUUUUAAACCACUCUAUGGCUCAUGCUCUGUCCAUAAGUAAAUGAUCGCCAUCCAAGGAUUGAUAAUUGGAGCUUUGUGAACGUUAUUAAGUCUUUAUAAACUGGUUACACAAUUCAAGUUAGUUUUUUUUUUAACAAUUAUUUUUUGAGCAUUCAAUCAAAUUCUCGUAAAAAGAUCGUCUUCUGGGCAUGGAUAUUCGUUUGUGGGUUCCUUGAGUUUACGAGAUUAAAAUGAAUCAUCUUUCCGUUUGCUUGAUUAAUUAAACUCCUUAACCGAUGCAAGUCGGUGGUGAUAGCUUAGCAAAUUCACGCAUUUAGAUGUUUCAGAAUUUAUGGAUAACCACUUAACCAGAUGAUCGUUAUUUAAACAUGAUAAAUAUUGCAUGAUGAUGAUCAACACUAUUGCUAUAUUUUGUGGCAUGAAAAUAUUUUAUAACUAUAUAU